UAAAUUAUUUUGAAUUAACAUCAGUUUCAAAUAGACAUUUGUAUGACUGAUUGUUUAAACGUCAAAAGAUAAUAUACAGAAACAAUAUAAUCAUGUCUCAUACCUUGGGACUUUUGACAACUCUCCUCUGUGGAUUGGUUUUCGUUAACAGCUUUGCUAUUGAAUCCCGAUCAAGUGGUGUAAAUGAAGAAGUCUACGGAAAAUAUGUUUGUAAUGGUAAACAAAAUGGCGCCCGAAUCAUGGUCCCUGGAUCAUGCUCAAAAUACUUUCAAUGUAAAGCUGGAAAAAGUGUUGUAAACACUUGCGCAAGUCCAAAUAAAUUCUUCGAUUCAUCAUCUGGAAAUUGUGUGGCAACAUCGAGUUGCAUUGAGCCCAAAGGUGAUUGCUCAACAGCCAAACCCAAACCAACACCACCAUGUAAUAACAAAAAGACCACUGCCACAACCCAAUCUACUCCAAUGGAUUCCACUAGUAUUCCUAGUACGGGAAGUACACCUUGUAUUGGUACAGCAUGUGAAAUCAAAAGUCAAAUUCAACAGGAAAAAGUACAGAAAGAACUUGAAGAACAAUUUAUUAAAUACUUUGCUAUUCCUGGACAAAAAUGCGAAUCUUCUGGUGGGUCUUGUCGUGGUCUGGCUAAUGGAACAAUUAUUCCCCACAAAAACAACUGUAAGAUGUAUUUAGCAUGUUUCAGUGGUUGUGGAGCUGAAAUUUUGUGCCCAGCUUCGUUAAGUUUCAACCAAAAAACUCUGCUGUGUGACAGACCAGAGAAUGUCAAAUGCACUGCAUAGUUGAACAUUGGAAUAUUUAAUAAAAGAAUUUAAAACUUAUUAAAA